AUGGCGAGUACACGAUUUUUAGGAGCAUUCACACGAUUUGGAAAAAAUCGAACACUCAUUUCUAGGACAGUGGUCAACAUUCCUUUAAGAUGUUUAGCGACAGCUGGAACUCAAAAGCAUUUAAAAUAUCGAGUUGUUGGAGAUGUUGCUGUAAUCACUAUAGAUUCACCAGGGGUCAAAGAAAAUACAUUGAAUCGCGAAGUGAUGGAGGAAAUGGUACAUAUACUAAAAGACAUUGAGUCUAAUGCAUCUGUUAAGUCAGCUGUACUUAUAAGUGGUAAACCAAACAGUUUUAUUGCUGGAGCUGAUAUUAGUAUGCUACAAAAUUUAAAAACUGAAGAUGAGGCAUACCGUACUAUUAGAGACGGCCAGUCGAUUAUGAACUCUAUUGCUGAUUCUCGUAAGCCUAUUGUUGCAGCAAUACAGGAUAAAAAGACAGUUCUUGGGUUACCAGAAGUCAUGCUUGGACUUCUUCCUGGUGCUGGUGGUACUCAAAGACUUCCUAGACUUACAAUGCUUCCUGAUGCUUUAAGUAUGAUUUUGACAGGCUCGAAGCUAAAAGUUGACAAAGCUAAAAAAUUGGGAGUUGUUGACUUGGUAGUAAAUCGCCUUGGGCCGGGUUUAACAACAGGUGAAGAAAAUACCAGGAGAUAUUUAGAAGAAACUGCUAUUAAAACUGCCAAAGACAUUGCAGAUGGUCAAUUAAAAAUAAAUCGUAAACCUAAAUCGUUAAUGGGUAAAGUUAUGAAAUUCGCAUUUGCAACUGACUUUAUAAAGGAUAAAGUAUUUCAAAAAUCGAAACAGCAAGUUAUGAAAAUGACUAAUGGAUUGUAUCCAGCUCCACUUAAAAUUCUUGAGGUUGUACGUACGGGCUUGGAUAAAGGAAUUACCGCUGGACUUGAAGCGGAAGCUCGUGGAUUUGCUCAAUUAGCAAUGACUCCUGAAGCUAAAGGUUUGAUUAGUUUAUUCUUUGGUCAAACGGCUUGUAAGAAAAAUCGUUUUGGUGCUCCUAGUAAACCUGUGCAAAAGAUUGCGGUUCUUGGAGCAGGAUUGAUGGGUGCUGGAAUAGCUCAUGUAAGUAUUGACAAAGGAUACAAAGUUGUUUUGAAAGACACCACUGAUAGUGGACUGUAUCGUGGCGUGGGACAAAUUCAAAAGGGUUACGAUACUUAUGUUAAGCGAAAACGUCUCAGUGUUGUUGAAAAAGAUAAAAUAAUGACUAACUUAAUACCGACAUUAGAUUAUAAAAAAUUUAAAGAUACUGAUAUUGUUAUUGAGGCGGUAUUUGAAGAUUUAGCUGUUAAACAUAAAGUUAUAAAAGAAAUAGAAACUCAUGUGCCACAACAUUGUAUAAUUGCGACAAACACAUCUGCAAUUCCAAUAACUAAAAUAGCCGCAGGUAGCAGUAGGCCUGAACAAGUUAUUGGAAUGCAUUAUUUUUCGCCAGUUGAUAAAAUGCAACUACUUGAAUUGAUAACACACAAAGGUACUGCUACUGAGACGAUAAAAACAGCUGUUGAUGUAGGUUUGAAACAAGGAAAGGUUGUUAUCACUGUUGGCGAUGGUCCAGGUUUCUAUACAACUCGUAUUCUCAGCGCGAUGUUGUCUGAGACACUCAGACUUUUACAAGAAGGUGUUGAUCCGGCGCAUCUUGAUAAAAUAACUAAAAAAUUUGGUUUUCCGGUUGGACCAACGACGCUCUGCGAUGAAGUUGGUAUUGAUGUUGGUGCUCACAUUGGCGUUGAUUUAGCUAAAGCAUUUGGUAAACGUUUCCAUGGCGGAGACUUUAAUAUUAUGACUGAUAUGGUAAAAGCUGGUUUUCUUGGCAGAAAGUCGGGUAAAGGAAUUUUCCUAUAUGAAGCCGGUAAAAAGGAGAGAGACGUUAAUUUAGGUGCUCUAGAUAUAUUAAAGAAAUAUCAUCUUGAACCCAAAGGAAGUAUUUCUGAUGAAGACCGCCAACUACGAAUGGUAUCACGAUUUGUAAAUGAAGCUGUAUUGUGCUUAGAAGAAAAUAUUCUUGCUAAUCCG